AUGCAAAACCCUAAAGACGAAGUUCGCGUUCUCCUCACGGACCUCUGCACUGCGCCAAAUGCGAAAGCCCUUGAGGGUAUCUUCCAGAAGUAUUACACCCCUGACGCGCGACUUUUGAACCCGGUCUGCCAGGCGGGGACUCGCAAGGGUAUCCAGAACAUCUUCGAGCUGUACCGCAUCAUGAGCCCCAACACUGAGGCUCGAACCAAGAGCGUUAUGUACGACGAAUCGACAAAAGUGGUCAUGCUUGAGGCAGAGCAUAACUUUCAUUUGUGGUUCAGCCCCUUCCCUAAGAAACCUGCGAGGGUGAACGUUCGACUCUCCUUGAAGGAGAUUAAUGGGCGCCUAUUCAUCUACCAACAGGAGGAUCUGUACCAUUGGGUGGAUGUUGCCGCUAUGAUCCUACCGCCCCUCGCACCCAUUGUUGGCAUUAUGCUCGCUCUUUCGGGUUGGAUGAUGGGGAUAAUGGCGAUGAUC